CUUAAAGGAGCCGGUGGUCAGCAUGGACAAAUCCUGCCUAGAAAACGAGCAGGCCCAGAGAACGGCCGCUCCGGAGGACGAUCUGCCUCCCAAGGAGUCCUCUUCGGAAGAGCAAUCCUCAGAGGAGGAGGAGGACGACGACGACGAGGAAGAGCUGGAGGAAGAGGAAAAGGAAGAAGAGGAAGAAGAAUUCUCUCCCGAGGAUCUCCUUCCGGAGCUCCUUCCAGAGAUACUGGUCUCGGAGGAGCGCCCGGUUCUCGAGCGCCUUUCUAGGAAGGAACUUUUUGAGGCGCGCCCCCCCAUGGAGCAGCCUCCGUGCCGAGUGGGGAAGCACAAGCUGGAAGAAGGCAAUUUUAAAGAACGGUUGGCUCGCUCUCGCCCCCAGUUUUCGGGAGACAUCCACGGUCGGCAUUUAAGCAACGAGGAGAUGAUAAAGGUAGCCGAGGACAUGGAAGAAAUGAAAAGGGUGCGAAACAAAAUGAUGAUCAUGCAUUGGAAGGCAAGACGGAACCGUCCUUACCCCAUUUAAUUGGUUGAGGUUCCUUGAUUUCUGAUUUGUUUCAGAGCAGUGUUAACACUUGACGUUGUUUUGUGUGGUCCAAAAUCACUCCCCUUGCCCGGCCCCAGUCUCUUUCAUUUAAUGUUUUCUAUUUGGCUGUGUCUUGGGUGUUUUGCUUGUUACUAGCAUAAAAAUGCACCAUGACCAGACCAUCCACACGUCUCUUUCAAACCACAGUUGCAUGGAAAAGGUGUACAGUAUAUAUUGUGAGGUGGGAAAAGAUAUAAUUUUCAAAACGUAUAUGUACUUUAUCAUUUUUGUUAAAAAGUGUAUAUAUAAUGCAAAGAAAACACAAAAAGCAUAUAUGUAAAAGGCUUAACAGUGGCUAACUGGUAAGCGAGUUUUACUUUAUUUUUCACUUAUGCUUUGUAAAGUUUUCUCCAUAUUUCAAGACACAUUCUAUUUGUGCUGUAAA